GCAAAAAUUACACGAACAAAAAUCGAUCGAAAACUGAAACUGAAACUCAAAAAUGGCGUCGAUUCAUCCUCAGAGACUGAUGAUGGAGCGGUUCACCUAUGCCUUGCGCGAACAGGGAUUUCUUGAUCGCACCUUCGAUAACUUGACGAAUUUGCACCAGAAUGAAAAUCCUCUGGCGAUCUUCUGCGGACAUGCCGAACCUAAUCUCACGCAAAUUCUACCGUAUCUGCAACCGAGUACUUUGAAUUUCGGGAGAGUGCUAAACGUCAUCGAACAGGUCAAGGGAAACGCCAUCAGUGUUGGUGGUAGACGAGUGGCCAUUGCUUGUGCUGCGCUGCAAGAACGUUGCAGAGCCUAUGACUGUGAGGGUGCCAAUGACGCAUAUCGGAAGGUCCUAUGGGAAUACUAUAUUUUGCGUGACUGUUUCCAUCACAUUCUGCAGCUGUUUUUGCACUUUCUUCAGCCUUGGCGGUUUCUUCCUUGCUAACCGCGAUCUGUAGUCCAUUUUCUUGCAUCGUUCUUCCAUGGCCGACGAUGAAAAUCUUAAUCCUACUGCGACUAUGUCUUCAUCGAUGAAUCAGCCGCAGAUCUCACUCGAGCACUACAUCAAUCCUUACUUCCUUCAUCAUUUUGAUAACACGACUCUGGUUCUUGUAUCAAAUUUACUUACCGAUGAAAAUUACACAUUGUGGAGUAGGUCAAUGCUCAUUGCUCUAACUGUGAAGAACAAAGUCGGCUUCAUCGAUGGUUCCUUAUCACGACCUACUGGUGAGCAAUUACAUUCUUGGAUUAUCUGCAACAAUGUAGUAAUUUCUUGGAUUCUCAAUUCUUUAUCGAAAGAAAUUUCUGCACGUGUUCUUUUCUUCGAUUCUGCAUAUGAAAUCUGGCUUGAUCUAAAAGAAAGGUUUCAAAGACAAAAUCGCCCUCUUAUUUUUCAAUUUCGAAGGGAUUUGUCAAAUUUGGUGUAAGAUCAGCUCUCGGUUAGUUCGUAUUUCACUCGUCUGAAGACUCCUUGGACUGAACUAACUUCUUAUCAUCCAUCUUGUACUUGCGGAUGAUGUACUUGCGGAGGCGUCAAAGAUGUUAUCAAGUUUCAUCAACAAGAACAUGUUAUGUGCUUCCUUAUGGGCUUAAAUAAUUCUUUUAACCAAUUGCGUGCUCAACUACUUCUCAUGGAGGCCCGAGCCAUCCAUCGAUCGUGCAUUUUCUUUGGUUGCACAAGAAACACAACAAAGAGCGAUUACUUUGCCUGUCUCACCUUCGCUUGCUGCCUUGCUUGUUCGCAAAACUUCGAAUGGAUCUUCUCGCUCAUCAAAUCCUUCAAAUUCUUCCGGUUCUCAACUAAAGAAGAAGGAUAAAGCGGUUUGUGUGCAUUGUGGAAUUGUUGGACACACUGUGGAUAGAUGUUACAAAUUACAUGGUUAUCCACCAGGCCAUCAGUUAUACGGCCAAAAGACUAAUGCUUCCAACUCUUCUACUGCCAGAUCAAGUCCUCUGGAUUCGCUUGCUUCUCUUACUACGGAUUAAUGUCAAGGCCUGAUGACCUUGCUACAGUCUCACCUUUUGUCUACUCAACGAAACACUGAUGCAGACACUCACACCCCUCAUGUUGCAGGUAUUUGUCAUGUCUCUUUAUUGACCACUGAUUUAAUUCACCACUGGGUUAUAGAUUAGGGGGCCUCAACUCAGGUGUGUUUUAAUCUAGAUUUAUUCUGAUCCAUGAGACCAAUUUCGGGAGCAACUUUAUAUUUGUCGAAUCUUUCUUGUAUAUCAGUAGAAUUUGUGGGAGAUAUACAGGUUACUGCAGAAUUGUUGAUCAAAGAUUUGCUGUUUGUUCCAUCUUUUCGUUUUAAUCUGCUUUCCGUCAGUGCUCUAAUGAAGUCUUCUUCAGUUUCAGUUCAAUUUGCUGAUUCGUAUUGUCUUCUUCAGGACAGGUCUUCUUUGAGAACGAUUGGCAAGGUCUCUAUCUCUUUCCUACUGGAAUAGCUUGCACACCUCGUCAAUCCUCUGCUAUUGUUUGUAACACUGCUGUUAUUUCCUCUUACAAUACAUGGCAUGCUCGUCUUGGUCACCCGUAUACAAAGCAUUUGUUAGCUCUUAAGGACAAGUUACAUAUUGGUUUUAUACCUAAGCAUGAUUCUGCUGAUCCUUGUUCUGUUUGUCCAUUAGCUAAGCAAAAACAUCUUAAGUUUGAUUCUGACAAUAAUAUUGCUGAUCAUUGUUUUGAUCUAGUGCAUUGUGAUGUAUGGAGACCAUAUUCUUCUUUUACACAUUCUGGCUGUAGAUACUUUCUUACUCUUGUUGAUGACCAUUCACAUUAUACAUGGACUUUUUUGAUGAAACAAAAGUCAGAGGCUUUGGUUAUUAUUCCUCGAUUUUUUAAAAUAGUUGAAACUCAGUUUGGUAAAGUCAUCAAAGUCUUUCGAUUUGACAAUGCACCAGAGUUGUAUUUUACUGAGUUUUUUCAUUCCAAAGGGGUCCUUCGUCAGUUUUCUUGUGUUGGUCGUCCUAAACAAAACUCCAUUGUUGAACGCAAGCAUCAACACCUACUUAAUGUGGCUCGAUUGCUCCUAUUUCAGUCCCGUGUCCCCAUUCAGUUUUGGGGAGAGUGUGUUCUCACUGUUUCCUUUUUGAUAAAUCGAACACCUUCGCCUUUACUUGUCUGGACCACUCAUUUUGCUUGGUUAUAUGGCAAAGAUGUUGACUAUUCCGACCUUCGUGUAUUUGGAUGUCUUUGCUUUGCUUCCACCUCUCCCAAUCAUAGAUCCAAGUUUCAUCCUCGAGCUACACCCUCUAUUUUUCUUGGCUAUCCAUCUAGUGUAAAGGGAUAUCGUCUCUAUGAUAUUGAAAACAAGAGUUUCUUUCUUUCUUGGGAUGUUGUCUUUCAUGAGAAGGUCUUUCCAUUUCACACAAUUACUGCUGAUAGUGUUAACUUGGAUAUAUUUUCUGAUAUUGUCUUGCCAAAACCCAUUGGUUAUUCCGGAUUGCCUUCUACUACUGGUUUUAGUGGUAUUGCACCUUUUGAUGUUGGUUUGUCUGAUGAAUCUUUGCUGCUGAUCAGAAUAAUGUUGUGCCUUCUACUGUCAUUUUUGAUAGUCCAGUGGUUAAUAAUGAGGUACCUAAUGGGACACCUAUUUCUGUUGAAACUUCUGUUAUCCUACCUAUUACCAUUAAUGAGUCGGCUUCUAUUGAUGCUACUUUUAUUUCGAAUACUGAGCCUAGUACUAAUGUCAGAAUUGAUGGGGCUGUUCCUAAUUUUCAACCAUCUACUGCUCUUGUACCUCGUAAGUCUUCUCGGCAGUCUCACCCUCCAUCAUAUUUGCGUGACUACCACUGUGGCUUACAUCAUUUGGGAAGUUCUGUUCCUGAGGUUUCUACCAAAUAUCCUAUUCAUAGAUAUUUGAACUAUGAUUGCUUCUCUUCUACAUAUUGAUCCUUCAUAGCCACAAUUUUAUCAUCAAGCUGUGCCUUACUCUUAUUGGCGUGAUGCUAUGGCCUCUGAGUUGCAAGCUAUGGAAGUUAACAAGACUUGGUCUGUGGUCCCUUUUCAAUCUGGUCAUCACUCUAUUGGUUGUAGGUAGAUAUAUAAGAUUAAACACAAGGCUGAUGGCUCUGUUGACCGAUAUAAAGUCAGGUCAGUUGCUAAAGGUUAUACCCAACAGGAAGGGCUUGAUUACAUAGAGACUUUCUCACCCGUUGCUAAAAUGGUCACUGUUAAGGUUUUGUCAAUAACACCUUCUUACAUGGCGAUUUGAUUGAGGAAGUCUAUAUGGAGUUGCCUCUUGGAUAUAAGCAUAAUGCGGUUGCUUCUCAGGUAGAGCGUUUAAUUUGUCGUCUUCCUAAGUCAAUUUAUUGUCUUAAGCAAGCUUCUCGAGAGUGGUUCGAUAAGUUCUCUCAUGUUUUGUUGCUUCUUGGCUAUCAGCAAACUAAAUCUGAUUAUUCCCUUUUUGUUCGAGGUUCGGUGUCUCAUUUGUCGCUUUGGUUGUAUAUGUCGAUGACAUAAUCAUCACUGGAGCCUCAUCUUCUGUUAUUGAUAGCUUGAAGCUUCAUCUUAAUAGUGUUUCAAGCUUAAAGAUUUAGGCCCUCUCCGGUAUUUUUUGGGGCUGGAGCUUGCUCGUUCAGCUGUUGGUAUAUUUCUGUCUCAACGAAAAUAUGCUCUUUCACUUGCUUGAAGACACUGGUUUUCUUGGUUCUAAGCCAAGUUCUUUGCCCAUGAAUCCACAUUUGAAGCUUUCUAUGAAUGAUGACACACUGUUGUCUGACCUUAUUGUUUAUCGUCGAUUAGCUGGCUGAUUAUUAUAUCUUACGAUCUCUCGGCCUGAUAUCACAUAUGCAGUCCAGAAGCUCAGUUAGUUUCUUUCACAACCUCGUUCUUCACAUUUAAAUGCUGCUCAUCCUUUGUUGAGGUAUUUGAAGGGUUCCCUUGGUCAAGGCAUUUUGUUGAAGCCUACAUCUUCUUUUCAGCUUAAAGCAUUCUCUGAUGCGGAUUGGGCUUCUUGUCUUGACUCACGUCGGUCUACUACAGGUUUUUGUAAUUUUUUGGGAGACUCUCUUGUUUCUUGGAAAGCAAAGAAACAGACACUGUCGCUCGGUCCUCGACAGAGGCUGAAUAUCGAGCUCUUGCUGGCACUACAAGUGAAGUUGUUUGGCUUACUCAGCUUUUGAAUGAUCUUCAGGUUUCUUGUUCUUCCCCAGCUUUUCUCUCUUGUGACAAUCAGGCGGCGCUUCAUAUUGCUUCCAAUCCUAUGUUUCAUGAGUGUACAAAACACAUAGAACUUGAUUGUCAUUUUGUUCCAGACAAGGUUGUUGAUGGUUUAGUCAAACUGCUUCCUGUUCGUACAGAGUCACAGCUUGCUGACAUUUUCACUAAACUGUUGCGUUGUAAAUCUUUUGAAUUAUUGCUGUCCAAGAUGGAUGUUUGUGGUGUUGUGCCUCCAUAGAUGGAGGAGUAUUAGAUGUUA